AAGCAGCAACUGCUAUCGUUAGCUUAGCACUUAGUAAGGCCUCGGCUAGCAAAUGACAAAGUUACAGUUAUCUGUAAUUCUAAAUGGCAAAACACUAAAUGCCGAUUUUAUCUAUUUUUCUGCGACAUGAACUUACAGCGAGUUCUUGUUUCCUCUUCACCAGUUCAGCCAGCUCCCGGCGGGUGUCCGGGAUCUGUGGCGGAGUCGCCUUCGCAUGCAUCGCCAUGAUGGAUGAAGCUAGUUUCUAGAAACAAAACAGAGGCGGGUUGUUGGGACAAAGCGGCAGAUAAACCGCCAUUUUGCCGACAGGUGGCGCUAAAGUAUCACAACAUGGCGUCAGAUCGAACUCUUGUUUUUACGUCGCCAUAUCAACAUAAUCUGUGAGGACACUGCGGUUUGUAAAUGGCUUCAGAUUUAUUGAAUUAACUUUUUCUCGUGACAUCCAGCUGAACCAUGGGCAACAUAUACCGAGAAUUAUCGAAAACAGAAAAGAUCCCGGCUUACACCGUUUCAUCUUCAAUACCAACGAAUUACCAAAAAGUGGUGAUAACAAAUCAAGAGAAGAAGGGAUUUUCAUCAAAAGCUAAGAGAUUCCCUUCACAAGUCUGUCUGAAUGAAAAUCCAGGACCAGGCAGCUAUGGCUGUAUCUCCAGCGCUGAAGUGAAAAGUCCUUCCUUCUCAAAGAAAGGCACCACAGGCUUUGUUGCGUCCAAGGCUGCCAGGGCUUCCAGUAACCCGCAGAGAAGCAUCCCAGGACCAAAUGCAUACAACCUGCCGAGCUCCUUCAUAAACAAGUAUGACUUCAACAGUGGAGUCUCCAGGGUGUUCAGGUUGCCUGUGGCUGUGCAGCUGGAUGGUCCGAAACACAAGACUCCAGCCCCGAAUCAAUAUGAUGUCAGUUGUAGUAGCAGAGAGAGAUUGUCCUCUGUAGUUGGUACAGCAGCUUUCCUGUCAAAAACUGGACGCAACACUUUUUACCCAAACAAAAAUGUGCCAUCACCAUGCCACUACGAAGUGAACGACAAGGUAAUCCAGCAUGGCUCCAAGGCAGUUUUGUCCCCCUUCAAAUCAAAAACCCAGAGAAUCCCUGCUCCAGUGGACAACCAUGUGCCAGGCCCAGGAGCCUACAGUCCCCAUCAGACCCCUGCACCAGUGAAGAGGACCAUCCUGCCGCGGGGAUAUUAUUUGGCAAUAUCAGCACCUCCCCUGAUUGUUCCUAAGGGUCCUCCCUUGCCAGGCCCUGGGCAGUAUGACAUAGGGGAUUAUAAAUGCCUGUCUAAGCAUCUCAUGCCCACUGCUGCAUUUGCAUCCAGAACUGAAAGAAUACCUCGAAUCUCACGGGGCAACAUGAGCCCAGGUCCAGGUUUCUAUGAUCCUCAGAUUUUGCCAAAGCAGUCCUUCUUUUACAAUGACUCCAGAGUCUGGAUUCCUGUUUGAAGCUUUCAAGGAAAACUGCACUGCAGAUUUUUCAUACACAUGAACUGUGUUCUAUAAUAAAAUGCUUCUCUGCAAGAUA